GGCCGCGGGAAGCGAGGCGGCCGCCGCCAUGGUUCAUGAAUUUAUCCGCAGGGGGCUGUCACAUUUGAGAUGUCCUUACGUAAAAGAAAAGCACUCCAAGCCCACUGGCAGAGACCACCUUUAAAGCUAAUUAAAGUGACACAUUUUGUCUGGAUUCAGAAGCACACGGUGCUACUUGUAAAGCCAGGUGUCCUACUGGACAUGCAGCUCCCUAGGCAGAGUCAAGAUGACAGGUAUGCUUUCACUGCUGAAUGGUAUGACCCAAAUGCUUCACUCUUUCGGCGUUAUGAGCUUCUGUAUUAUCCAAAAGAUGGAUCAGUUGAAAUGUAUGAUGUGAAGAACCAUCGUACCUUUUUAAAGCGCACCAAGUAUGAGAGCUUACACCUUGAGGAUCUGUUUGUGGGCAACAAAAUUACUGUGUUUUCUCGUCAUCUUUCCUUAGUGGACUAUGGAGAUCAAUAUACAGCACGCAAGCUAGGGAGCCGCAAAGAAAGAACAUUGGCUUUGAUUAAACCUGAUGCAACACCAAAGAUUGGAGAACUAGUAGAUAUCAUUAUUAAUGCAGGAUUUACAAUAACUAAGGCCAAAAUGAUGGUGCUUUCAAGAAAAGAAGCGGUUGAUUUCUACGUAGACCAUCAAUCAAAACCUUUUUAUAAUGAGCUUCUCCAGUUUAUAACAAGUGGUCCUGUUGUUGCUAUGGAAAUCUUACGGGAUGAUGCAGUUUGUAAAUGGAAAACAUUACUGGGGCCUGCAAAUUCUGCAGUGGCUCGUACUGAUGAACCAGACAGCAUUAGAGCAAACUUUGGACAUGAUGGCAUAAGAAAUGCAGCUCAUGGCCCAGAUUCAGUUGCCUCAGCUGCUCGAGAGCUGGAGUUGUUCUUUCCGUCCAGUGGAGGCCAUGGACCAGCCAACAGUGCAAAAUUCACAAACUCUACUUGUUGCAUUAUUAAGCCUCAUGCAGUUAAUGAAGGACUAGCUGGAAAGAUUAUAAAAGCCAUCAUCAAUGAAGGAUUUCAGAUCUCGGCUUUGCAGAUGUUCAACAUGGAGCGUGCAAAUGUGGAGGAAUUUUAUGAGAUUUACAAAGGUGUUGUUGCUGAAUAUAUGGAGAUGGUUACAGAGUUGUGCUCAGGCCCUUGCAUAGCAAUGGAGAUUAUACAGCCUGAACUUCCAAAAGUGUUCAGAGACUUUUGUGGUCCUUCUGAUCCUGAGAUAGCCCGUUUUCUCCGACCUGGAACUCUGCGUGCUGUCUUUGGGAAGAACAAGAUUCAGAAUGCUGUCCACUGCACAGAUCUACCAGAAGAUGGACUUCUGGAGGUGCAGUACUUCUUCAAGAUUCUGGACAACUGAGAGCUCCCACCCUCAAAGCAGAAGGCACGGGCACAGAGCAGUGUUCAUUCAUUUAUUUGUCCAAUAUGUCAACCUGACUGAAAUACAAGAUCAACAAGAGCACUGUACUCCUGGCAAGUAUUACAUGUUAGAACAUAGAGUUUUGCACUUUAGACAACAUUUAACACCAUUCUAUGGGGUACUGCAUUGCUUUUAUAAAGUUUAAAAUAAAGAUUUAUUUUCAAACA